AUGGCUGAUUCACAGAAUAACACAAACCGCAAGCGUCGUCGCUCUCAGCAGCUGCAGCAGCGAGACGAUCCCUUCGAUGCCUCCUCGCCUCUUCCAGGCCCGUCAACGGCCACCACACCCGCCGGUCGGUCGUCACCACCGCCUUCCUCUCUUCCCCCUUCGAGUCCUCCCGCCGCGUUCUCCGACUUCACCGACGGCGAGCUUGACGAUGCAGACGUCGUCGACGAAGAGCAAGAGGCAAGGCAGCUGGGUGAUCACUUUCAGGCCAACGCUGACUCGGACGACGAGGGCGAAGACCUUUUCGGCGAGAACAUGGACAACGAUUACACCGAAAAUGCCGCACUAGACCGAUACGAUACCACGCUCGGCAUCGAUGAUGAGAAUGAAUACGACCAGAUGGACGCCAAUGCCCGUCGUCUUGCUGAACUCCGAAUGGGUCGACGCGACCGUACCGAGGCUGCAAACCGCGGCAGCCGUUCGCGUGCUCCCGAGUUCCUUCACAGCGACGAUGGCGCCAGCGAUGCCGACGAUGGUGUUGCUAUUCUCAAUCGUCGCAGACGCCGACACUACGACGAGGCGGCUGCCGGUGCCGACGCCGCCGCUUUCGACGACCUGCCGCUCGAUCAGAUCGGCGAUGUCAAGACGGACAGCAUCGCUAGCUGGGUCGCCACGGAAAACGUUCGCCGAGCCAUUGUUCGUGAAUUCCGCAACUUCCUCGUCACCUACGUCGACGAGAACGGUGUGAGUGUGUAUGGUCAACGCAUCAAGACGCUCGGCGAGACCAAUGCAGAGUCCCUCGAAGUUUCCUUCCUUCAUCUCGUCGAUUCCAAGGCGAUUCUUGCGUACUUUCUAGCCAACUCACCCGCCAGCAUGCUACCCAUCUUUGACGAAGUUGCUUUCGACGUCAUCAUGCUCUACUACCCCUCCUACGACCGCAUCCACUCCGAGGUGCACGUCCGUAUCGCCGAUCUGCCCACCUCGUCUACCUUGCGCGAUCUGCGCCAGGGACACCUCAAUUCGCUCGUUCGCGUCAGCGGUGUCGUGACUCGUCGCAGCGGAGUCUUCCCGCAGCUCAAAUACGUCAAGUUCGACUGUCUCCGCUGUGGCGCUGUCCUGGGCCCUUUCUGGCAGGACGCGAACCAAGAGAUCAAGCUCAGCUACUGCUCCAACUGCGAGCAGCGUGGGCCCUUCCGCAUCAACUCGGAGCAGACCGUUUACCGCAACUACCAAAAGAUGACGCUGCAAGAGUCGCCUGGGAGCGUUCCUCCCGGUCGUCUGCCACGUCAUCGCGAGGUGAUCUUGCUCUGGGAUCUCAUCGACUCGGCCAAACCGGGCGAGGAGGUCGAGAUCACGGGUGUCUACCGCAACAAUUUCGACGCCUCACUCAACACCAAGAAUGGCUUCCCCGUCUUUGCCACCGUCCUCGAAGCCAACCACAUUGCAAAGCGUGACGAUGCUUACUCGGCAUUCCGCUUGACCGAGGAAGAUGAACGUCAGAUCAAGGCGUUGGCAAAGGACGAGCGCAUCGGCAAGCGCAUCAUCAAGAGCAUUGCACCUUCCAUCUACGGCCACGAAGACAUCAAGACUGCCAUCGCGCUCAGCUUGUUCGGUGGUGUACCCAAGGACAUUGGCGGCAAGCAUCGCAUCCGUGGAGAUAUCAACGUCUUGCUGCUCGGUGACCCCGGUACAGCCAAGUCGCAAUUCCUAAAGUACGUUGAGAAGACGGCUUCGCGUGCCGUCUUUACCACGGGACAAGGUGCUUCCGCCGUCGGUCUGACGGCGUCGGUACGCAAGGAUCCCGUGACGCGCGAGUGGACGCUCGAAGGAGGAGCGCUGGUGCUGGCUGACAAGGGUGUCUGUCUCAUCGACGAAUUUGACAAGAUGAACGACGCCGACCGAACCUCGAUCCACGAAGCCAUGGAGCAGCAGCAGAUCAGUAUCUCGAAAGCCGGCAUCGUCACCACAUUGCAAGCUCGAUGUGCCAUCGUCGCUGCGGCUAACCCGAUUCGCGGCCGUUACAACCCCACAAUUCCCUUCAGCCAGAACGUCGAGCUCACCGAGCCGAUCCUGUCGCGUUUCGAUGCGCUCUGUGUGGUCAAGGACACGGUGGAUCCGGUCAAGGACGACAUGCUUGCGCGUUUCGUCGUCGGCUCGCAUCUGCGAUCCCACCCCAAGUUUGACGAGGAGACAGACGAGCAGCUGGUCGCUACGUCGCUUGAUGCCGAUAUCUUGCCGCAAGACCUGCUCAAGAAGUACAUCAUGUACGCACGCGACCACGUGCGACCUUCGCUCAAUGCUCUGGACCAGGACCGUAUCUCGCGUCUGUACGCUGAUCUGCGUCGCGAGUCGAUCUCCACGGGCAGUUUCCCCAUCACGGUGCGUCACUUGGAGAGCAUGAUCCGCAUGGCCGAGGCUUCUGCCAAGAUGCACCUGCGAGACUAUGUGCGAACGGAUGACAUCGACGUGGCCAUCCGUGCCACCGUCGAGUCGUUCGUUUCGGCCCAAAAGAUGAGCGUCAAGAAGACGCUCGAGAGGGGCUUCCGCAAGUACCUGCACCAGAGUCGCGACCACGACGAGCUGCUCUCUUUCCUCCUGGGCUCGAUCGUCAAGGACCGCAUGCGAUUCGUUCAACUUUCGAACGGCGCACGCCGCGAACGUGCAGCGCCAUCGAGCACGGUCGUGACGGUGCCCGUGUCGGAGCUCGAGACGCGCGCCAAGGAGGUGGAUGUGUUUGACAUCCGACCUUACCUCGGAUCGAAGCUGUUCCAUGCAAACGGCUACACUUUCAACCCGACGGACAGAUCGAUCACCAAGACAUUCGGAGCUGGUCGAUCCGGUCUACCGGGAGGUGCUGCCAUGGCCGCCGCCAUGGCAGCGUAA